CCCAAUCUGCUUGUGUUUUUUUUAUCAUCUAAUGCAUGUUGAUGCCUAGCUCCUUGAUUUUCCAAACAAAUGUUGAAAAACAAGAAAAUGAAAUUGACUAUUUCAAUUCCUAGCUAGAUUGGUUGGCUUAUAAAUUUAGUGUAAAGCAGUCCUGGAAUGUAUAUGUAUUACGCUAAAUAAAAUAAUCAGCCUUUCUCGUUUUGUACUAUAUAAGGGUUUUACCCAAAUGCUAUAGAUGCAAAGCUUUACCACACCUCUGUAGUCUGUUUUUGCUGUUUCUGUUUCUUCUAGCUAGCAUCAAAAAAAAAAAAAAAAAGCUUUACCACACCUCUGUUUCCAAUUAACAAUGGCUAAGACCCUCCAAAACUUCAGUUCCCUCUGCAUCAUUCCCUUGACUCUUCUCCUCCUCUUAACCCUCGUCGGUGCCAGCGAGCACCGCUUCUCAAGACCCUUGUCCCGAGCCAAACUUGGCCUAAAGAAAGAGAAACUGAGCCAUCUCCGGUUCUACUUCCACGACAUAGUCAGCGGCCACAGCCCAACAGUCGUUAGGGUCGCUGAGGCUCCCACGACCAAAAACUCCAGCACGGCUUUCGGUGCAGUGAUGAUGAUGGAUGACCCCUUGACUGCCGGACCGGAGCUGGGAACCAAGCUAGUCGGCAAGGCACAAGGCAUUUAUGCUUCGGCCUCACAAACCGAGUUAGGGCUUUUGAUGGUGCUGAACUUUGCUUUUGUGGAAGGGAAGUAUAAUGGGAGUAAUCUGAGCGUGUUGGGAAGGAACGCGGUGUUCUCCGCCGUGAGGGAGAUGCCAAUAGUUGGCGGGAGCGGCCUUUUCCGGUUUGCUAGGGGGUAUGCUCGUGCUAGGACUCACAAGGUUGAUUUGAACACUGGGGAUGCUGUGGUGGAGUAUAAUGUCUACGUUCUCCAUUAUUGAUCUCCUCUGUUGGUUAGUUUUAAUUUACUUUCAUAUUUUAGCUUUAUAAA